GGCUCCGCCACUCUUGUGGCCAUGCAAGACUUUCAGCUAGCAAGGGUGGCACUGUUGUACCGGCGCCUCGUCCAGUAAUGCUAGCUCAAUUCGCCAAUAGCAGCAGCGGACGGUCCCGUGGUGCAGCUUUAUUGAAUCUAGCAGGGCGGCCAGUUCCAGACCUAAGGCGUUUUGGCUGCAGCCUCAUGGCCCGACCUGCGCUAUGUCACUGCUCAUAUAAAUGUGAUGGCGUCGCUGGAAUCUCCCAGAGCCUCGCCGGCUUUCGCGGGUGUGCUCGCGAUUUUUCUCAAUCGCUCGAUAUUUUACUGGCUCAAGAGCUCCUCGAGAUCACACCCGCGGGGAGUCUGUCUCACUAAUUAGUACAUCAUGAUGCCUUCGUUUUCGCGGGCGAGGCGGUUUGCUCUCGUCUUUGCGGCGUCGUUCUCCACACUCGCAGGGGCGGUUGAGAACGCGCCCUGCUACUAUCCCGGGGGCGAGCCUGCACUCGGCUUCUUUCCGUGCCAGGCCUUCAAUGCGCCAGUCAGUUCCUGUUGCCCAGCGGGGUGGACCUGCUUCAGCAACGCCCUCUGCAUCGCGACAACAGACAGCAACUCGUUCCCCAAUCUGACAUUGGGUGCUGUGCAACGAGGAGCAUGCACGAACCCGGCGUGGAACAACAACAUCUGCGGAAGUGCCUGCCUCGACGAUGAUAAUAAGGAGGGCCAGCUUGCCGCCUGCAGCAGUCAGAGCUUCUGCUGCGAGAACGACUUCAACGCUGGCAAAUGCAAUUGCUCCAACAAUGGCGGCGCAUUCACCAUCAGCGCCGGCGUUCCUCAGACCAUCAUCCAGGUGUCCGACACCACGUUUACGGGGACGCCCUCGAUCAGCAUUGCCACAAACCCGCCAAAGACGUCCACCACGAGCAGGCGGUCGACGUCGACGAGUGCCACCAGCACAGCGACGCCAACCACCACCCCAUCGACGAGCGCUUCGACCGCGCACUCCUCGUCGACCACGUCAACCUCCUCCGGCGCGGCCACAGGCACCUCGUCUCCGUCGACUUCUGGUGAUGACGGCGGCGAUGGCAAUGGCCGCCGCAACCUCAUCAUUGGCCUGGUCGUGGGCCUGGUCGGGGGCGUCCUCCUCCUCGGCGCGCUCGGGUACUUUCUCUAUCGGAAGUUCUGGGGCCGCCCCCAGCCAGGCGUCAACGUCGUCGCGGGCGACUUCAACAGCACGUCGAUGCAGCUCGCAGAGAGUGACGUGAACGGGCCCAAUUUUGGCGGGCACUACAGGGCGGGAGGUGGAGCCUGAGAUAUGUGAAAAAGAAGUAGAAUUGCAAUCCCUCUCUCUUUCUACACUUUGCUGACGAGAAGAGCGGGCAUAUCAUUGUUUUUUUUUGGGUCGCACAGUAUCCUUCUCUUAUUCCUUCGAAGGCAUUAAUUUGUCUUUUGCAUCCGUUUUUGUCGCUUCAUAUUAUACCCCACAACCAUAUCUUUGCAUCUAUCUCAUCUCAUCUCACUACAUUUACACAAGUCUAACUUGAUGGAACUAACCUGGGAGAGUGGAAUCACGCCGUAUAUGGAUUGGAAAACGGCCUAAUGAAGGAAACAAAUCUUGAGUUACAUAGGUAUUGGUAUUGGUAUUAACAUAUCUAUACCCCCCCACAACCGCACAUAUUUAUUUAUUUAUUUAUAAAUAUAUACAUAAUAAUAUGACAUGAGAUUUACAUAU